AUGGCGGCUGAGCCCGUGGCCACUUCGGGCCCCAACCACAAGAAGGUCGCCUACUUCUACGACUCCGAUGUGGGAAAUUACGCCUACGUCUCGGGUCACCCGAUGAAGCCUCAUCGCAUUCGCAUGACCCACAGCUUGGUUAUGAACUAUGGCUUGUACAAAAAGAUGGAAAUCUACCGUGCGAAACCAGCAUCGAAAUACGAAAUGACCCAAUUCCACACAGACGAGUACAUCGAUUUCCUUGGGAAAGUCACCCCCGACAAUAUGGACCAGUUCUCCAAGGAGCAGAGCCGAUACAAUGUCGGUGACGAUUGCCCGGUAUUCGACGGUCUUUUCGAGUUCUGCGGAAUUAGCGCUGGUGGCAGUAUGGAAGGCGCCGCGCGCUUGAAUCGCGGCAAGUGUGAGGUCGCGGUGAAUUGGGCAGGUGGUCUGCACCACGCGAAAAAGAGUGAAGCUAGUGGUUUCUGUUACGUCAACGAUAUUGUGCUCGGUAUUCUAGAGCUGCUACGAUUCAAGCAGCGUGUGCUUUAUGUCGAUAUUGAUGUCCAUCACGGUGACGGUGUCGAGGAGGCUUUCUACACCACUGAUCGUGUGAUGACCGUGUCUUUCCACAAGUACGGCGAGUACUUCCCUGGUACCGGUGAACUCCGCGAUAUCGGUGUUGGCGCAGGAAAGAACUACGCUGUAAACUUCCCUCUCCGGGAUGGUAUCAAUGAUGAAUCAUACCAGAGCAUCUUUGAGCCUGUCAUCAAAAACGUGAUGGAGUGGUACCGCCCGGAGGCUGUGGUAUUGCAGUGUGGUGGUGAUAGUUUGUCUGGCGAUCGCUUGGGAUGUUUCAACCUGAGUAUGCGUGGACACGCGAAUUGUGUCAACUUUAUUAAGAGCUUUGAUCUCCCAACCUUGAUUCUCGGUGGCGGUGGCUACACAAUGCGCAACGUCGCACGUACCUGGGCCUAUGAGACUGGUAUCCUUGUCGGAGACCACCUGGAAUCAGAGCUGCCAUACAAUGAUUACUACGAGUACUUCGCUCCCGACUACGAGCUUGAUGUCCGUCCCUCUAACAUGGACAACGCCAAUACUAAGGACUACUUGGACAAGAUUCUUGUUCAAGUUAUUGAAAACCUGAAGCGCACAGCUUUUGCGCCUUCCGUUCAGAUGACGGAUGUGCCGCGCAACCCCCUUAUUGAUGGCAUUGACGACGAGGCCGAUGAUGUUAUGGACGACUUGGAUGAAGACGAGAACAAGGACAAGCGCUUUACUCAACGACGCUUCGACCAGUAUGUAGAGAAACCUGGUGAACUGCUGAGUGACAGUGAAGACGAGGAGGAGAAUGCCGCCAACGGUAUCCGACGCCAACCUGGUGCUAUGCGCCGCCGAAACCAGGCCAAUUACAGAAAUCUGGAUGACUCUGGUCUCGACAGUGGUAUUGCUACUCCUGCAGAGGCAUCUUCAGUCGGCGACGGCGAGCUGGACGCUGCCAUGGACACAAACAUGCCCGACAUCCCACGGACAGAGCCCGAGACAUUGACCACGGUUGCCAAUUCCAAUGACCAGGAUACCCCCGCCGGUACCGAUCAAAUGGUUGUGGAGAGCGAGGAGAAUGGUCUGUCCGCUGCGGCGUCCCACCAACCUUCCCCUGCUCCGCACGAUACGGAUACAAUGAUGGAGGACGCCGAACCUGCCCUGAAACAACCGUCUGAGCCCGCCACUGAUGCACAGGAGACCAAGCCUGAAGUAUCCCCGGUUGCCACAGAUGUUUCUCAGACACCCUUGUUGCCAUCCCAGGCACAGUCACCCCCGAAAGAGUCAUCUUUGCCUACAGCAGAGCAGGGUACUGGCGCAUCAACGGAAGAGCGUGCGACUGCCGGAGGUUCAGGGACCCAUGCACCAGCUACGGAGUCUAUUGAGCAACCUUCAAAGCAAGAAGGGUGA